AGAGGAGUGUCCGAUUGUCUCUGUUGUGUGUGUAGUGUCUGCGUGUGAGUGUGCGUCUGUAAGUUCAACGUUGAGGAGCAGCGAUGUGUGAGUGUGGCUGUGAUUGUGUGGGCAAGAUGGCUUUGGUUUGAAGUGAAAAUGCAGGCUUUUUGUGUUUUGUGAGCUGUGCUACAGUGUUUCUUUUUAUUAUUAGCUCAUUUUCAAUGAUAUUCAACAAUACACAAAACUAAUUUUGUCAAAAUGAACUUAGAAAGUAAAAUUAGAAAUCAAUUUGAAAACACAGAGGCCAGUAAUGCUUGGCCCGUGCUAAUCCAGGAUAUCAAGAAAGAGUGUUCCAAAUAUGAUUUCACCGUGGUGGAAGCCAAAAAAAUGGUAAACAAAUACCUAAAUAGGUAUCGGGACGUAAUACCUUAUGAUCACACCAGAAUUGUAUUAUCAAAAGGCGGUUGCGACUACAUUAAUGCCAACAUUGUCAAGGUGGAAAAGGCAGAUAGACAUUAUAUUUUAACACAAGGACCACUGCCUCACACCACAAGUCAUUUUUGGUUGAUGGUGUGGGAACAAAAUUGCAAAGCUGUUAUUAUGUUGAACAAAGUUAUAGAAAAAAAUAUGAUCAAAUGUCACCAGUACUGGCCAGAAGGAUCGAGAAACGGUGGCGACGACGUUAUGCUACUCGCAGAUGUAGGACUCAAAGUUGAGUUGAUAUCAGAAACAGAUUGCUCAUAUUACAUAACCAGAAAAUUGAGACUGACAGACGUGGAGUGCGGGGAGAGCCGCGAGAUAGUGCAUUUCCAGUACACAACCUGGCCGGACUACGGGAUCCCGCAGAGUCCGACAGCGUUCCUGCACUUCCUCGGUGACAUCCGACGCAGCGGCGCCCUGGGCUCUGACGUCGGUCCGGCUAUCGUGCACUGUUCGGCUGGCAUCGGCCGAUCCGGCUCCUUCUGCCUCGUCGACUCCUGUCUGGUCAUCAUCAAGGACAAGCAGGACUCUUGCGAGGGCAUCACCAUCCGCGACAUUCUCAUGGAGAUGCGCAAGUAUCGCAUGGGCCUUGUGCAGACGGCCGAACAGCUCAGGUUCUGCUAUCUCGCCAUCAUUGAGGGCCUCAAGGACAACUUCGAAAAUAGUGAGCUGCCGAUCAACGAAAUCGAGAUCAACAACCACGAAGAGGAGCCACCUCCUCUGCCGCCACCGAGAAGCGAGUCGUUGCCGCCGCUGCCUCCGCUGCCCCAACCGCCUCCCGAUGACGACGAUGAUGAUGAUGAUGAGGAAGACGACGAUGAUGUUGAUGAUGACGAUGAUGAGUCUCCAUCCCCCAGUUCCUCCGAUUCCGGAUUGGAUCGCGAGCCCGAGAAUGGUCCCAAAUCUCCAACGAGCGAAGGAUUGAGACAGCGAAUGAAGGAGAAGCAGCAAAGGACGGCGGACAAGGUGGCCGAGAUGAAGAGGAAACAGAAGGAGGCCGAGGAUUGGGCUCAACUAAAGAGGUCGUUAUUGAGUCCUUUAAGUCUAAGCAUUGGUGCAUUUAUUGUUGGAGGAGCUGUAGCCUUCUCCUACUAUAUCAUCACUAGAGUAUGAAUUUAUUGCAGAUGAUUGGAAGCUAACUUGCUAUGUAUUCAGUCCACAUUCCGAUUAGCUUUUCUCACCUGUGAUAACAAGCGCCAAAUUAAAUCAACUAAUACUCGUGUUAAUAUGCGAAUGGAUUCAAUUGAAUUUUUAAAUCAAAGAUCUCUGUGUCUAAUUGAGUAAAUGUUUUUAUUCGGCAUUAUUAAGGGCUCACAGACAAAAGCUGUCAUGGAAUAAAAUUUUCAAUUAUUAGAACAGUACAAUGAAUUUGCUUGGUCAAUUAUUUCAUAGUAAUCAUUAAUAAUUAAUUAUGAUCUAUAGUUAUUACUAUACCUCAUUUAAAUCAAAAUUAUAUUUCAUAUUACUUUUCCCUGACAAAUUAGAAUUGAAUAAUUCUUGCUGGCCAUGCUUCUCCUUAAUUUCCCAGUAGACGUAUGUGGAUUCAAAAAGCUGAUAUAGUUUUGUAAACGUUGAAAUUGAAACCCUUUAGGAUUGCUUUCCAAAAUCCUAUAAUGUUUACAUUUUUCCGAAUCAAUUUCUCUAUAAAUUUAUCUCUUUUUUCUGUAUUGAUGGCAAAAUAACCUUUCUUCCAACGACUCUACACCGAAUCUCGACAAGUUUUAUUUUAAUUUAUUUCCAUCUAGUGGUUGAAUGGUUUUUACUCUCGAAAUUUUUCCAUUUGUCUCAGAAUUUUCUCCUUUGUAACUAACUUAUUCCAGUUAUCUUGAAGUAUUUUUUCUCGUGAAUUCUAGUUUUUCCUAUUCCAAGCAUCUUUAUUGUUUCUAAAAAUGUUUUUUUUAUUCUUCUAUUAGAUAACUUAAGAUAUUUUCCCUUGAAAAUUUUAAAAAUCUAGCAGUUCCUCUAUAUGAUACUUCAUUCUCCAUUAUAUGUACUAUAUAAUCCAGCAUUCUAUGGAACCAAUUACUAAAAACCUGCAAUUAGUAUUCAUAAUUUUUUAGUUCAAAGCCUAGAAGUACACUAUUAUUGAAUUAUUUGUAGUUUCACUUCAGUUGGUUUUAAAAUGAAACGAAUAAAUAAUUGCUUGAAAAAUAAA